CCGCUGCGGGGUAAUCAGGCCCUUCAAGAUGAGCUGAUCAGCAAGGCGUUUUCCGGACGCGACGGGCGCGGCUUCCUGCUACACUCGGCCACCAACGUUAGGUUAGGGAAGAAAGAGGACAGGCAACUCCUUACCGGAGUGCACACCGUGGCAGAUGUGUACUGCGUAGGCUGUAACGACCGCCUCGGGUGGUACUACAUGAAGGCGGCGGAGGCCUCACAGAAAUACAAAGAAGGCUCGUCG